AUGUUGAAUCGAGUCGAAGCAAGGUAUUUUGGCAUAGGACUGAUCUUACGGAUAUUUUUCGUGUUCUUUCAAUCUACAACGCGGCAUUAUUUCGAAAAUAGUGGAGAAUUCGUUACGCCAUUGAAUUCUUGGAAACGAAUAAUUGAAGGAAUUUACUUACGUCAACUGAAUGUUUCACCCUUCCUUGGAUCAAUUGUACAUGAAACACCGCUCUCCUUGCUUCUCUUUACAAAAUUAUAUAUAUUCAAAGAUGAAUAUAUCGAAGUGCUAUUUAUCAUUCUCGACCUUCUAAGUGCAUUUUUCACCUACAAAGCUGCGCAUCAUAUUCUAACUCAUCUUUAUGAUCGACAAACAGAAAACAAAUCAGCGUAUAAAGAAGAUAGCAAAGUCCUAUGGUUAACCAAAGAUCACGUACAAAAAAGUGCUCAUACAGUGUUACUUUGUGCAAUGGUUAAUCCGCUAUCGAUUGGCACGUGUGUGGCAAAGUCGAGCUUGGUCAUUCAUAACUUAUUAUUGACAAUGACUUUUUAUUUCUUCAUGACAUAUCGAUUGAUUCCAUUUAUUUUCACAUUAUGCUUGGCGAGUUCGAUUUCGAUGUAUCCGAUCGUGUUAAUCGUACCAGGUUUACUUCAAUUUUCAUCCAAUGCUAAUAACAAAAGAUCAAUCGUUCGAAUGUUUCUGGUGUUUGCUUUGUUUGUUUGUACAAAUGUUACAUUAUUAUUUGUAAAUUUUCAUAUUAAUCAUCAAUCAUGGUCAUUUAUUGACGCGAUUUAUCAUUUUAUAUUUUAUGUACCGGAUUAUACACCCAACACUGGCAUAUUCUGGUACUUUUUUACGGAAAUGUUCGAGCAUUUUCGUUCGUUAUUCGUUUGGACAUUCCAGAUGCAUGUUUUACUAUUGUACUUAUUUCCUUUCACUAUACGUUUGAGAAACGAGCCAGCAUUCUUAUUUUGGUUGUUAUGUGCGAUAUUUUGUAUAUUUAAAUCGUAUCCAGCCUAUGGUGAUGUCGCAUUUUACAUCAAUUAUUUACCAAUCUGGUGCUUUCUCUUUCGUUAUGUUCGCAAUGGUCUUGUCAUUGUUUGUAUGAUACUCGUUGCAAUGUUAAUGACACCUAUCACAUGGUAUUUGUGGAUCUAUGCUGGUAGCGCGAAUGCAAAUUUCUAUUUCGCUAUGACAUUGGUGUUCAAUGUAGCUCAGACAUUUCUCCUUUCUGACUUACUUUACGCAUAUUUAAAACGACAAUUCUUCCUGAAAAAUGGUUUAAACAUUCCAAAUAUCAACGGCAAGGAAGGCCAAGUCGAAUUUCUGUAA